GCCUUUGGGGUGGGGCCGCUCCGGAGCGAAGACAACAAAGGCGGCGGGCGGCGGGCAGCUGUGUGCGUGUCUCUUGGUUCUCCCAUCCGCCGAGGCGUUCUUGCCUCCCUCCCGCCCUGCUCCAGAUGAAGUGUGAACACUGCACGCGGAAGGAAUGUAGUAAAAAGACAAAAACCGAGGAUGAAGAGGAUGUGUCAGUUGAUGCACCGAGUCUGGCCCAGGAGAAUGGUGAGAAGGGAGUAUUCCAUAAAUUGGCUGAUGCCAAGAUACUGUUGAGUGACUGCCUAGCAUGUGACAGCUGCGUGACUGCAGAGGAAGGAGCCCAGCUUUGUCAGCAGAAUGCCAAGGACUUCUUCCGGGUCCUGAACUUUAAUAAGAAAUGCGAUACCUCAAAGCACAAAGUGCUAGUUGUGUCUGUAUGUCCCCAGUCUUUGCCUUAUUUUGCUGCUAAAUUGAACCUCAGUGUCACUGAUGCAUCCAGACGGCUGUGUGGCUUCCUGAAGAGUCUUGGGGUGCACUAUGUGUUUGACAUGACGAUAGCUACGGAUUUCAGCAUCCUGGAGAGUCAGAAAGAAUUUGUGCAUCGAUACCAUCAGCACAGUGACGAGCAGCGCGUGCUGCCCAUGCUGACGUCUGCCUGCCCUGGCUGGGUCCGAUAUGCUGAGCGGGUGCUGGGCCGCCCCGUCACCCCCCACCUGUGCACCACCAAGUCCCCACAGCAGGUCAUGGGCUCCUUAGUGAAGGAUUACUUCGCCAAACGGCAGAACCUUCCUCCAGAGAAAAUUUUCCAUGUUGUUGUGGCCCCUUGCUAUGACAGAAAGCUGGAGGCUCUUCAGGAGGGAUUCUCCACUGCUUUGCCUGGUGCCCGGGGUACUGAUUGUGUGUUGACGUCAGGUGAGAUCGCUCAGAUAAUGGAGCAGAGUGGACUCUCAGUGAAGGACGCUGCUGUGGACACUUUGGUUGGAGAUGUGAAGGAUGUAGCUGUGAGGCGCCAAGAUGGAGCUGGCUCAGAUGGGCACCUGGCACACGUCUUCCGACACGCAGCAAAGGAGCUGUUCAAUGAGCACGUGGAGGAGAUCACCUACUGCUCUCUGAGAAACAAAGACUUCCAGGAGGUCACCCUUGAAAAGAAUGGAGAGGUUCUAUUGCGUUUUGCUGCUGCGUAUGGGUUUCGGAAUGUCCAGAACUUGGUCCUGAAGCUCAGGAAGGGCAAGUUCCCAUACCACUUUGUGGAGGUCCUUGCAUGUCCUGGAGGAUGCUUAAAUGGCAGGGGCCAAGCACAGACCAAGGACGGACACAUGGACAAGUCCCUGCUGCGCCAGAUGGAGGGCAUCUACGCAGACAUCCCUGUGCAGCCUCCUGAGUCCAGUGCACACGUGCAGGAGUUGUACCAGGAGUGGCUGGAGGGCACUGACUCCCUCAGAGCCCGGGAGACCCUGCACACCACCUUCCAGAGCCCGGAGCGCUGCACCACCAGCCUGGACAUGAAGUGGUGAAGGAAGUCGGGCAGCAGGGCCAGCUGUGAAGUAGGAGAGGACUGUGCUGAUGAAGAGUUCGCCCUUCAAGGAAACACCAGUGGGCUGCUCUAGUUCUCAGUGCUCUGUUCCCAACGUGCAGCAGCGUGCAGUGCUGUCUUCAUCGUGAGUGUGUGGAGUGGAGUGUUCAUCAUGGGAGAACCUCCCCAGUCUAAGUGUCCCUUUAUUGUAAGAUUGUGAGAAAAAUCCCAAAGAGCGAGAACAGAGAAAGACGACUGUCUUCUAGAUUUGAAAAAUUUAAAGUGUCCUGUGAGGAGCUGAGGCACUGGGGUGACCACUCUGACACUGCAGAUGAGAAACGGCCGCAGCGCUGUGCUGUGGUGCCGGUGACACUGCCGGCCUCUGGGUCAUCAGAGUAGGUUGUACUUAUUCCCGCUUCCUGGCCCAGGGUGGUUCUCAUUUUUACUUGUACACAGUUUUGAGAAUCAUUGUAAGUUGGCAACACUGCUGGUCCCAGCACAGCCCUCCUUGUGCUCCUGAUGGCCCCACCUUGGCCCACUGCCCUGCAUUGUGAGCUCACCUUGAAAGGAAGCAGCGUAUCCAACAAAACUGGCUGCUGGAGACAGACCCACACGUCCUCUGCUGCACUGGGAUUGGGUUCAUCCUGGGGUACAAGCACCUGCAGGGGCUGUGGGGUGCUUGGGUCUGUUGAUGUGUGAUGGCCUCAGCAUGUUGGGUCGCCUUCGUCCUCUGUUGUGUACCUGUUUGGGUGUAAUUGGACAUGUGUUAAAUUGCAUUUUUUGUUUUUGUUUUGUUUCCUUCCCCUUCAGUCUGUAUAUAGUUGGGUGUUAAUCCCCCAAACUGAUAUGAAAUAAACUGUUGAAGAGAGAGGA